AUGCGGUGGAGCUUUGACAGAAGCACCGCAACGCGCAUUAUCUGUUAAAAGAUUGUCAAUGUGGUUCUUGUACAAACUCGACGAAAAUAACGAAGAUACAGAAGACAGGAUACUUGCUCGGCCAGGAAUCGAGUACUCUGUGGGUCGAAAGGGUACAAGUAUAAUCUUCAAUGAUAAAUCAGUGAGCCGAUCACAUGCCACGUUCGUCAUUGGACAACAAAAUAGCCGUGAUGCAUUCAACGCACAUUUUCGGCCUGAAGUACGAUUAAAAGACCAAAACUCAAAGUAUGGCACGUUUCUUAAUACGAACCCCGUUGUUACCGAGACGAACCUUAAUGAUGGUGAUACCAUAAAGUUUGGGUCACUCAACAGCGCGUUAAGAUUGGUGUGGGAACCAGUGGUGAUCUGUAUACCGUCAAUGUCAAACGCAGACAAAUCUGCUGUUGCAAAACUGGUGUGUCAAUUGGGUGUACUUUUAACCAAAGAGUGGAACGAUACCUGUAGCCAUCUCUACAUGAAACGGAUUGAGAUCGUAUCAAAACUCUUUCUCUGUAUGACGAGCGCCAAACGGAUCAUAUCUAUGGGGUGGUUGGAGGCAAUGGCAUCUCAGGAUGAUGCUCGUUUUGCAUGGCCUAUCGAAGCGGACCAUUUACCACCUAUCCCAAAAGAUAUUAACCUGACCAAAAAAGAUUUUGAGCCAAAGCCGAAGCGAGCAACACUGUUCGCAGGACUUGAAUUCUGGAUAUUUGACAAGUAUCAGUUUGAUCGUUAUACACCCGUCAUCCAAUCAGCCAAAGGAAAAUCAAAGCCAUGUUCGUUAAAAAGGCUGUUCAAUGUUGAAGAGCUUUGUGCAGAAGACCGGUUAAUUGUUACACCCCCUGACGAAAACUCUGAAUCAUUCAAGGAAAUCGCCAACGCAUUGAAAAAGAAACACAAACGUGCUAUCAUGGGAGAUGAAAUCAGUGACGCGAUUAUCGCAUGCUCAAGAUCCAAAGCCUGCAACCCAAUAAUCCCUGAAGGAGAGCGGAUACAAUUCGCGGAAGACAAUGUAGAAGAGGAAGAAGAAAUCGUGAUGCUGUCAGAUCAACCUCCAACAUCACCAACUGAGCGGCCAGCACCCACUAGUGCUGUUAUGGAAUCUGCAUCAAUGGGCGACUUUUUCGACGACCUUCUUGGUGAUCCUGACCCUGUAUAUUCUCCCUCGAUACAGCAAAUGCCUCCAUCACCCUCUUUGCAAAUCAGUGGCAUUAAUGAUGACGAAGAGAUAUCCAGUACUUCACCACCGCCAAAUAUUAAUCAACAACCAUCCAGCAUCAGAAGUAGCGUCAAUGUUACCGAACCGGAGCCUGAGCCAGUUACUAGACGACGACAACGAUCCAGCCGACAAUUACCCGGACAAUUGCCUGAAUUUGCCUUUCAAGACAAUGGCGAUGCAAGCGAGUUGGAAGCAGAUCUUGAGGGUGCUUCAACCAGACAGCGGAGAUCAAGGCGUGAAUUACCCGGGCAACUGCAGCGAUCAGCUGUCGACGAUGGCAAUGAAGUUCCAGAGACUGCUCCAGCAAGACAAGGACGAUCGAGACGACAGUUACCCGGUCAAAGGCAACGACCUGCCACUGAUGGUAUUGAUGAAGUAGCAGAAGUUGAACCAGAACCUGAUUCACCACAACAGCGACGAACACGACGUCAAGUACCUGGUCAACGCAAUGAGACAGCUGUUGAAGACAGCAGUAAUGAAAUUCCCCAGUCAGCUACUACAACAAGACGACAGCAAAGGUCCAGCCGCCGACAGCCUCGAAACAACCAAAACGACGAAUUUCCAGAUAUUCCUGGAGAUAAUGCACCAGAGCAUGAAAAUAUAAAUGAAGAAAUCCCCAUCAUUCCUGGCAAAAAAUAUACCUCUAUUUUGUCUGCAAGCAUCCUAUGCAGCCCAACACAAACUAGUGUACGUCGACGAACACAACGAGAUGAGGGCCACGCGAAUUUUAAGCGGUUCAAAAAGGUUCGUCAAAGGAAUCCUCAUAAUCCUAUGGAAUUUAUCCCAGCAGCACUUACUCAGGAGGAUGAGCUUCAGCUUCGUGGUAUGUUCCGGAGGAAACCUUUUAUUACAGUCACCCUUAACUCGACCGCACGCUGACUUUAUGUUGACUUGCUUCUCUUUGUAGACGAUCAUUAUGGAGACCAUGAUGAACUUGAGGAUUCGGUACCGAUAAACGGAGCUGCAGUUCCUGUGGAGGAUGCAUUUGCGGAUAUCGAGAUUCGCGUGCUUGCGGCGAGCAGACGUGGAGGCCGUCGAUAGAAAUCUGAUCCUUCUCAACCACAAAAACAUUCAAAAACCACUCUGUAUAUAGCAUAAUAUCAUCCUUGACUACCACUACCACCACCAUUGCUCUCAAAAUAAACACGACAUGAGUACAAGUAUACAACGCUUCUUUGUAACAGCACAUG